UAGAGGCAGUUCUCCUGCAGUUGAAUGAUUUGUCUCCAUCAGUAUCUAAUUCAGAAUGAAUAUCCACUGUGUUCUGUUCUUCUGCUUCUUCUCAGCACUGUGUGGUGGAAACACUGGGCUCGUCAGCGCAAAACUCGACAUUUAUGCAGGAGCUGAGGGAGGAACUGGUGCAAUUAGUUGCUACUUCACUCUCUCUGGAAGCAGGAAGUUCUUCUGUAAGAACGAAUGUAAAGCAGAAGAUAUUCUGGUUAAAACAGAUGAUGUCAGAGCUCAGAGUGGCAGAUACAGCAUUGAAUACAGAGAUGGAUCUUCUGGAAGAAGAAUUGUGUCUGUGACCAUCACAAAUCUGACCAAGUCUGACUCAGGACGGUACAGGUGUGGUCUGGGCGGGACUUCGGUUCCAGAAUCAUUCAGGGACUUUGAGGUCAGCGUUUCAGAUGAUUGGACCUCCACCAUCGCUGUGCUGAUGUAUGUUGUCUCUAUUCCUGUCAUGAUUGUCAGCGUCCCAGGGCUGACACUGAUGAUAAUCUUUAUUCAGAAAUACAUCAAACCUAAAGGUUUGCAGACCAGAGGAAAUUCAGAUGGCACAAACACGGAGAUCGCCCUCUAUGAGAACUGUCCUCCAGCUUCUACAUCUGAAUCCACCUACGAGAGCCUCGAUCCUGCCAGCAGGGAUCAGAACCAGACCUACUCUACACUCACACACACAGAACUUUAAAAAUUAGACCUUCCCCGACUGUCUUGGUUUCACUAUAACAGCCUGUGGACAGAUGUAAAGGGCUCAGGAUUGCUUUUCUGCCAAAAUCCAAAGGAUGAGAUGUUUAUACGCUCCCGGUGCCUUCUUUUCUGCUCCCCUACAGAAACAAAUGUGUGAAACAUUAGUUUAGAAAUCAAAUUUGCUAACGUAUACAAACAACCAGCACCCACCACAACACAAAGUUCAACGUCAAAACUAACAUUACUGCAAAGCAGAAAAAGAUUGUAGUUUUAGCUUUAGCUAAAGAUCAUGUGGACUGCUUCUUGGUGAGAAAGUGUUAAUCUACCUUUAUACCUGAGUAUAUGGCAAAGUCGCGGUGCUAAUGCGGACAUAUUGCUAGCUGGCAAAAGAAGCAAAAUACCAUCUUUGAGUGGAUAACGUCAGCUGAUUGAUCCAGACUCCCAGGGCUGAUCUGGCUGGUGGAUUGGCUGGUUUUCCAUUUGCAGGUUACUUUGUCGGUGGGCGGUGUGAGCAGCCAGCACCAUGCCAGUGUACUCUAAAAAGAAAUUCAGGGGAUCUGUCACCACAACUUGAUUAAUUGCAUAGCUGCAAGAAAAAUUUAUUUAUUUAGAUAAAUUCUAAGUCGCAAACUUUAUUUUUAUGAGUUGUGUUCAAAUAAUAAUGUUGGUAAUUAAAUUAGAUCAACUUGAUUUGGCGUGUAAUUUAAA